CCCAUAAAAUUAUAUAUCAAAAGUUCCUUUUUUCUCUAAAAUUUCUUUUGAAAAUUCCCGACCCACCAUUAUCUCAUCUCUCUUUACAGAUCUGCCGGCGGUGCCGCCAAACAAGCCUCUGACGACCGCUCUGUCCCGGCCUCGUCCUUUUGUCCCUCCAGUCAGCUCAAUUCUCCUCCUUCUACAGUGCAUGACCCAAGCCCUCUCUUACCUUAAAGUCUCCAAUAGACCAAGAAGUUAAAUAAGGUAAAGGCUAACCAAAAUAAAUGGAAGAAGACCGCCGAGUUCACCCGGAUUGUAUCAACGCGUCGAAUCCGUACCAUGAAUGUGUUGAAUAUUGCUUUAGAAAGAUUGUUGAAGCCAAGGCAAAAAAGGAUCAAGAAAAACCAGAAACUGUGCAACGUGAUCAUGAUCAACCUGUUAGAUGUGUUGCUUACCAAGAACAAGAUGUACAAAGUGGAGCACCAGAACCAGAACAAAAUUCCGAUGAUGACAAUAACAACCAGCUAGCUGAGGAGAACAUUGAAGGAGACAUUACAAAACUUACCGGUAGACAGAAAAAAUUAUUCGAGUUGAGACUAAAGAUGAACGAAGCAAGAAAAGCUAAUCAAACGGCUAUGGUGGCUGAAAAGAAACGAAUGGAAGCUCCACCUGAAUCUAGAGGAAUUUCUAAGCAAAAAUGGCUCGAGGAAAGGAAGAAAAAGAUUGGGAAACUCUUGGAUGCAAAUGGGUUGGAUUUGCAAAAAGCGUAUAUGCUCGAUACUCAAGAGGCAGCCGAGGCAAAAUAUAAGAAAUGGGAAAAAGAUCCUGCUCCGUUCGGUUGGGACGUAUUCAAUCAGAAGACAUUGUACAAUGCAUACAAAAAACGGACAAAGAACAUCGACAUUGACUUAGAAGAAUAUAACAAAAUGAAAGAAUCUGACCCAGAGUUCUUCCGUGAAGCUUCAAGCCUCCAAUAUGGGAAGGCACCUAAGGUUUCAGAAGAUAAGAUUGAUAAGAUGGUAAAGGAACUUAAGGACCGGGAAGAAAAACGCAAGUCAUUUAGUAGGAGGAGGAAAUUUCACGAAGAGAAGGAUAUCGAUUCGAUCAAUGACCGUAACGAGCAUUUCAAUAAGAAGAUCGAACGGGCCUUUGGGAAAUACACAUUGGAAAUCAAAAAUAAUCUUGAACGAGGAACCGCAUUGCCUGAUUAAGGCCCAAGCCAGUACCUCCAGGAAUUCGAGCAAUUUUCUAUUGCAUGAUACUUGGUUAUACAUCGACAACCAAGAAGAAAAAAGAAAUUAUCUAGCACUUCACAUUGAUAUACUGUUUGAAAUUGCAUUGCUGUGUCAGAAGAAGGAUAGUUAUACUGAUUCAAUAUACUCUAAAAGUAUCUUUGGUACAAUGUUGACGAUCUAUAUUACUAUCUGUCUUGUUCUACUAUAGAUGUAUAAUAUUAAAAUUAUUAUCAUUUUUAUGAAUGUUGGAUGUAUCCAUCUUGUCUCAACUCAAUCCACUUAAAUUUAAUUUUUCUUUUA